GGUUUUGGUCGACGAAAACCUGUUCAACAAAGUUCAAACAUCCACUGCUGACAAGUGAUUCGUUCAAUAUUAACCUAUUCUACAGGUUCAUUGUCGAAGGACAAUCCCCUUCGGAUUUAUUUAUAGUACCAUCUGUAUUUGUGCGUCUAAAGCGCGAAGCAUGCAAUCCGAGUCCUUAUCGGUCAACAUUAGAAUGAGGCAGGCUCAACGGAAAGCCUCAGUGGUUGACAUGCCAGCCGUGUCAGCUUUACAGAAAAUAUAAUAUAUGCCAGGCAAUGAAUUUCAGGUUAUCGAUAUCUUUGCUUCACUCCGUCAUUCUCAAUACUCCCAACGUCACACUAAACACUACAUUCACACAACAUGUUAUUCUCAUACCCGGGACCGCUUACAGGUGCCGAAUAUGACUCAUCAUUCAAUAGUUCCUUCAUAAGUCGCUCUUUGCAUUCUUGCAUGGAAACCACUGAUCCUCUCCAGGACUCGUCACUUUCCUCUCUCCCCGAGUCUCCUCCUGACCCUCCAAAGACACUAUUCCAGGCUGGUCUCCGAGCACUGUUCCAACUCUCCUCGUUCACGAAGCAAUCGUCGGUGCAGCAACGAAUCCAUGCGGCUGUCAUGCAGGAUCAGCGUCGGCGCAUCCAAGAGCAGAAGAAGACCAUCGGAGGCCUUGUCUCUUACGCACUCCAGCUAGAAGCCGAGGUCGACCACAGUAAUAUUGCUCUCGACUCCGCACAAUACAAGGCCGCCGAACUUGCUGUGUCUCACGAUCACCUGUGCAAAGAGUAUGACGCUCUCACUACUGCUCAUAGUUCACUUCAGUUCGAACGUGCGGCGACGAUCUCUGCUGUCCAUGCGACGAUUGCCAGACUAGAGCUUGCAGAGAAGGAUGUCACCGACGCCAAUGCCGCUCGUGCUGUGGAGCAAGACUAUUACUCUGAGCUACUCGCUUUGGCUGCGGCUGACAAGGCGAAGCUGGAGGCUGACGUCUUCCGUCUGACGGAGGAGAAUUCUGCACUGGAGAGCCAGAUUGUCGAUCUGGAGUUCCAGCAAUUAUCGUCUGCUUUCAGCAUCAUUGAUGGCAAGGCUGCGCUUGACGAGGAGAGGGCCGCUCAUGCAUUGACGUCUCUGGAAGUCAGUCAACUCCGGGAGGACGUCCUGAUGCUCUCGAUCGGACUCGACAUCAGACAGGCUCAACUUGACAUGUCGAAUGAGACGGUAUCGGCUUUGGAGGGGAAGCUUUCGGAUGAGCGAACGAUGAGCGCGGAAUAUCAGAGUUCUUGUUACGUUGCGGAGACAAAGGUCUCGGAACUAGUUGCUCAGCUUGCAUUAAAGGAAGCUCAGAUCAAGGAGCAGGAGGCCGAACUUGCUGCACAGGAUGUUCUCUUAAAGCGGAAGGACGACGAGAUCGUCUCGAAGGACUUGCGAUUCCAGGAGCAGGACGACCAGCUCGAAGCCCUCACUGAUGCUCAUGAUGUGGAGAAGGAGGAGCACUGCAUGUCUGUGUUUGCUGCGGAAUUGGAACGUGACCUGAUACUUGAAUCUGAAACGAAUCUGAAGGAGGAUAUCAAGAUAAAAGAUGAUGCUCUAGCUGCUGCCGAGGAGGCGCUGAUUGCUGCUACUGCUGCUCACGAGGACACCAAACUCGAGUUCACUGCCAAACUCACCGAUGCGAUGGCUGAGAUCACGAAGGUCAAGGUCGAUGCCAAGGAUCGCGAGGCAUCUCUUACGAAACAGCUGGAACAGGAAUGCAACGCGCACCAGGUUACUCGCCAAGAUCUCGAUACUAUACAACACCGUCUGUCCGCUGUCACUGAGGACCGGGAUGCUACUCGUCGUGAACUGGCUGUGACCAAUAACCGGAUGUUCCAAGAGGUUGGCCAACUACGAGCGAUGUAUACUCUGGCUGCUCAGGAUGAGACGACAUUCAAGCACGCUCUUGAGAAGUACCGGGUAUUGGAGGAGAAGUUGGACACGAUGUUGAAGGAGAAGCGUACGCUUGAAUUGAGCAAGAGGGCAGUUGAGGAUGCGUUCGUGGCGAAGAUGAAGCGCUGCGACGCUUUAGAGAAGGAGAUUGCGACGUUGAGGAAGGUGAAGGGUCGGGCUUCGGCUGCUUCGACACCAACGAAAGGUGCUUCUGACGAUAAGGAGAAUGCACCUGUUGACCACGCCUUCUUGUUGAACGGUGUCUCGCCCAUGGCCAGUCUAAUAUCAAUGCACCUCCUGAUCCUUACUCACUUCCAUACAGGAGACACCCAUCCGUCGCAAUACUCCGAUGACCUCCAGUCCCUCUUCUUCCAAUGUAUCCAUGAGCCCCUCUGUAUCGCAAGGGUUCGUAGGCAUGUUCAAGACACCCAGUUUGUUGAAGCUCGUCGGUAAGAGGGGUGUGAAGGCGGCAGGAUACCCUGGUGCGAUCUUCGAGGAUACGCCAGAGUCCCUUCCCUCUCCCGCUCUAUCUUGAACCACUCUAUCUUGAACACACGUUGUAUGGUGUCUUACUCUGAGGCCCUUUAUGCCUGGUGUACUUUUUGAACUUUUCCCUAAUUAAUGUGGUCACUUGUUGGCCUGUCAGAAGGACUUUCGUUUCUUUCUUUCACGUCCCGAUGAAUUCCUCGUUUUCUAGUCACGCAUCUUUAUACCUUUCCAGCCUAUGUGCUGAUGGUGCAGUGACUGAUGGUCCCAAUCUUUCGGUUUUCUUCGGGUUCGCCAUCUUCUUACGUUCUUUUCUUUUAAUUCGCUUGAUACCCCAUCUGCUUGAUACCUCAGAUCUAUUUUCACUUUUAUCCAUUCUCAUUUCAUUCUGUAUCUGUCUUAAUCAUAUUGCAUAUUUAAUGGAUCGAUUUUUCAUAACUUUACCUCUAAUGUAUGUCCUUCCUGUUCGACGCCCGACCUCGAUUUGAGGCUGCGCCUGGACAUCAGAUGUUCUGAUCAACGUGCCAGAUCCGCUCGCUUUCGACCAGCUUCCUUUCGCCAAAUCAUGUACGGGCUAUAUGUUCAGUUUCAUGCUUGAUUAAGGGCAGGAAAUGAGAGAGCCUUGCAACAUUGAACGAGGAAGGGGAGAGAAUAAUGGUUCCUUUCAAUA